CCCGCAGCUCGUGAAGUUGCCAAAUGCUAAUGAUUUGGCAUCCGUAAUGGAGGAGUUCUACACCAUCGCACGGUUUCCUGGUGUGAGCGGGUGCAUUGACUGCACUCAUGUACCCAUCAGAAGUCCCGGAGGAGAUGACGCGGAGGUUUUUCGCUGUCGAAAGGGGUACUUCUCCAUCAAUGUCCAGGCAAUCACAGGGCCUCGGCUUCAAUUUUUUUAUUUUGAUGCUAGCUGGCCCGGCUCAGCACAUGACAGCCGAAUUUUCGAUAAUAGUCGAGCCAGAGUGCAGUACGAAGAAGGGAAUGUGCCUGGCAUCCUACUUGGUGACAAGGGGUACCCCUGCAGAUCCUAUCUCAUGACCCCUUUUCGAGAGAGACAAAGCAGCCCUCAGCUCAGGUACAACAAGUGCCACUCCAGGACUCGCUGCAGUGUUGAGAGGACGUUUGGAGUAUGGAAACGAAGGUUUCCUUGCCUUGAAAUGACUCUUCGGAUAAAAACAAGAUCAGUUCCCAUCGUCAUCACAGCUUGUGCUGCACUACACAACUUCGGCCACCUGCUGAGAGACCCUGUCCCACCUCCUGCGCAAAGCCAGCUGGCACAGGACCGCUUGAAGUUGCGGCAGCACCUGGCUCUGUCACAACAGCAUCUGGGCUUGUUGUACCGUGAACGAGCUCUCGGCUGCCUGUGGUGGUCGGUAAUGGGGCAGCAUUCGUUUCAGGUUCUGCUGGUGGCCUUCCAGCAUCAUCCCGUGACCAGUAGUCGGGCUCAUCAGCCUCGUCUUGACUACCUGCAGUAA